AUGGACGAUCGACCAGUUAGUGGUGGAGGCGCUUACAAAAUUAAUUGGGAUGAAAUAGAUGAAGUAUCAAAUCCAUUUGGAAGUGGUGUUAAGGGUCUCCCGACUAAAACUCAACCGAAGUCUCUCACUAAACCAUCUCCCCAAGGAGAUCGCUCAGACGAUAACACAAGUCAAUCAGCAAAUUUAUCAACUGGCUCAGAUCCUGAGAAACUGCUCAAUAAAUCUCCACAGAACUCUCAACCGUUACCCAAACCUCCUUCCAAGUUCAGUAACUCUACUGAAAUCAAGCAAUCACCGAAUUCCUUGUCGUCUGAACCGUCUUCAGUGGUAAACGGACAAGCGAGGCCUAAAGACAUCCAAAGUGAAAAUGUUCCUCGGUGUAAUGGUGAGAUACCCGCAACUCCAGUUCCCCAGCCGAUCCCAUCUCCUGAAGAAAUAUGUGAAGCGUUACAAAAUGUUAUCGAUAAUCAAUCUGACAGUUCUGAUGCUGGUAAUAAUUUAAAGGCUUCACCAGAUCAUUCUGAUGAAUUUGAUCCAAAUUUAGAUGAACCAGUGGAAAACAAUAUCGACAAUACCAGUGUUAUUCCUGAUGUUAUGCAAACUUCACGUGUGGAUUCAUCAACUCGGCCAGUAUCACCAGCUCAAACUGUAAUGCUUAAUAAAUCAGAUACACCUUUAAUGAAUGGAAAAGAAAACUCUCAACUACCUCCUCAACAUCCGUUUAGAUCAUCACGAGAUUCUAAAUCAAAUGAUACAGAAUUAAUUGCACUACGUAAGGAACGUGAUCAACUUUUAACUACAAUUGAAGAGAUGAAACAUUGUAUCACAGAGUAUGACCGUAGUUUACAGCAUAUGGUUGAAGAAAAAGCUUAUAGAGAAAGAGAAGUUAACGUUCCAGUUGCUGAUGUAGUGAAAGAACGUGAUGAAGCUUUAGAAGAAUUGGCUACAAUUGAAAAAGCUUUUGGAGAUCUACAUAGACGUUUUGAGAAAUCGAAACAAGUAAUCGAAGGUUUUAAACAGAAUGAAGAAGCCUUAAAAAAGAGCAUUGAUGAACAUAAAAGCUUAUUACAACUUCAAGAAAGAAAAUAUUUAGCUUUGAAAAAACACGCUGAAGAGCAGCUAUUAAAAGUAAAUCAAGACACAGAGAGAAUAAAACAAGAGUAUGAAACCAACCUAACUCGAUUGCAGGCUUCAUUAAGAAUUUCUGAACUUCAAGUUAAGAGUCUUGAAUCUCAAAUAGAACGAAAAACUCGUGAAAACGAAGAACUCACUAAAAUCUGCGAUGAACUACUAAGUAAAUAUGGUGGACUAACAUGA